CCGCUCUUUUCUCCCCGUUAUAAUCCUCCACUUGCUUCCCCUUUUUUCUCCAUCUCUAUUCACACCAAAAACCAUAAGCCCUUCCUUAUUUACUCUUUUCUCUCCAUACCCUUUGCGUUCUUUAGCCUGUUCUUCCCUGGGGAACCAGAAAGAUUGAGUCUUGAUAACAGCUUGCUUGCAUGGCUUUGAUCUGUAAAAAUGGUGUAGCUUAAUCAGUCUUGUCAGUACAACGUAACAACGUUUGUGUUUUUCUUUUGUUUGUUGUGUUUUUUUUUUUUUUUUUUAAAUUUGUUUGUGAUCAGAAAUGGCUCCGGCGAACAACUGGUUGUCGUUCUCGCUUUCCUCCAUGGGAAUGCUGAGUUCCUCCUCGUCGUCGUCGUCUUCGCAGCUCCAUCAUGAGCCCACCGCCGUCAAAAUUAACGCUCCGUUUGCCGCUUCCGAUUCGCCCCAUUAUUACUUUGCUGAUCAUAUCUAUGGCGGCGGCAACGCAGAUUGGACGAACGGGAAAGGUCAGAUGGCUGGUGGGCUGAGCUUGAAUGGCGGCGGCGACUCGUCGGUGUUCCAUGGGUUUAUGGAGGAGGCGCAAAUCCACCACCAGCCGCCGCCGCCGCAGCAGCAGAAGCAGCUGGAGGACUUCCUCGGCGGCGACUCAGCGGCGGCGUUGGUUCGCUACUCCGACAGCCAGACGGAGACUCAAGACUCGUCGCUCACCCACAUCUCCACCUCCGCCGCGGCGGCCUACUUUAACAGCCGGCAAGAUCUGCAGUCCAUACCUGGAAUUCAGGCCUUCUCCACAAACUCCGGCUCCGACGUCGACGACUCCGCCUCCGUCCCCCGGACUCAGGCCAUCGCCACCGCCGAGUUCACCGGCCAUUCCAUCGACUCAGUGAACGCCCUCCCCUACUCCCAACGCCCCACCGGAGCUCUAUCUCUCGCCGUCAACCCCCAGACCGCCGAAACCGCCAUUGUUCCCGUCGACUCCGACACCUCCAAGAAAAUCCCCGACACCUUCGGACAACGAACCUCAAUCUACAGAGGCGUUACAAGACACCGCUGGACAGGAAGGUACGAAGCGCAUCUAUGGGAUAACAGCAGUAGACGAGAGGGUCAAGCCAGAAAAGGGCGUCAAGUGUAUUUGGGCGGUUAUGACAAGGAGGACAAGGCUGCGAGGGCGUAUGAUUUGGCUGCUCUGAAGUACUGGGGUGCUACAGCGACCACCAACUUCCCAAUUUCGAAUUAUACCAAUGAACUGGAGGAUAUGAAGAACAUGACUAAGCAGGAAUUCAUUGCCUCUCUUAGAAGGAAAAGCAGUGGUUUCUCGAGAGGAGCAUCUAUUUACCGUGGUGUGACAAGGCACCACCAACAAGGGCGCUGGCAAGCAAGAAUUGGUCGUGUUGCUGGGAACAAAGACCUGUACCUCGGGACAUUUGCAACCGAGGAGGAAGCUGCAGAAGCGUAUGAUGUAGCUGCAAUAAAGUUUAGGGGAAUGAGUGCAGUGACUAACUUCGAGAUGAGCAGAUACGACGUUGAUACCAUACUGAAGAGCGCCCUUCCGAUUGGCGGGGCAGCAAAGCGCCUUAAGCUUUCGCUGGAGCCCGAGCAGCACUCCCCCGCUCUUAGUGGUGGCAGCAAUAGCAGCAGCAGCAUCAAUUUCGGGGCAAUCCCGCCUGUCUCUGCCAUUCCUUGUGGUGUCUCGUUCGACUCCUCUGCUGCAGCAUUGUACCACCACCACCCGACCCUCUUCCACCACCUCCACUCUGGUGGCAAUGCUGACCUGUCUGCCGACAUCCCCGCUGCGCUCCCGUUUCAGGCCUCCCCAGCUGAGUUCUUCAUCUGGCCUCAUCCAUCCUAUUAACAUGAAAAACGAGCCUAGCCAAGCUAGCUCGAGCAACUUGGCAUCUUCAGCAGUUAUGUUCUGCUAGUAUAUGACCUUUCUCUCUUGUUUAUUGCACCAAAAAUUGAAGUAAACUGACCGCUCAUCUGACCCGAGGAACAAAAAACAAAAACAAAAAACAAAAAACAUUAGCAUAGUAGCUUUAAACCGGGUUGGCUAGAAGUAAAAGGUUUUAUUUAAGGAAGAAAAGCUUUAGUUUUCUAGGUAGAAAAGCUGGAACCUUUGUAAGUACCUUCUCUUCAGCUCUAGUAGUAGAUGCUUGUGAGAGCUUCACAGGCAUGGGGGGAACUCGUUGUGGAAAGUUUUUGUUUUUCUUUUCCCUAUUUCCCCAUCUUCUCGAGUUCCUCCCCCGUUAUUUUGCAGCAGAAAAAAACUCACCAGAAUGACAGAAACAUUAUAUGUAAUACAGAUUUUAGGUUCAUGUUUUCUGGCAUAAAAUGUCUGCUUUCUAUUA